AUGGCGGUAGACGACCCAAAUAUAGAAUUUACGACUGCGACAACAGAGAUCCAAUCGACAAUCGAUGUAAGUAGUCCACUUUAUAUUCAUCCUUGUGACAGUCCUGGACUGGUUUUAAUUCCAGUUCCUUUUGAUGGGCUAGGAUAUCGUUCAUGGAGGAGAGGUGUAUUGAGGGCCCUCUCUGUUAAGAACAAAUUAGGUUUCAUCACUGGGGAAUGUAAAAACCCUAAUUCGAAGUCGAUAAACUUUAGACAAUGGGAGAGAUGUGACGAUAUGGUAACUUCAUGGAUUUUGAAUUCACUUGCUAAAGAAGAGGAUAGUGUAGAGUAUGUGAAUCGUUCAGUUGAAUUGUGGAGAGAACUUGAAGAUCGUUAUGAUCAAACAAAUGGGGCAGAACUAUACUAG